AAAAAAUCGAAACAAAACUCCUCGUACACACUAACAGCGCACACACAGUCUCACAGUGAGAAAGUAGUACUCAGAGAGGUGUGUGUGCGUGUUUUUUCUUUUUUUUUCCAGAAGGGAAAAGGGAGUUUUGCAAUGAGUUCACUGACACCAUCUGGAGUAUUGCCGCCUCCUGAGACUAAUACCAUCAUUGAAUUCCGUGCACCGCCGCCAUCGCCGGUUGCUUCCGGCCGGACGAUCUUUGAUUCCCGUGCACCGCCGCCUUCCCCUGUUGCUUCUGGCCGGCGAUCUUCAUUUGUUAAUGAAGAUGUUCUGUCUGAAUUCUUGGAACAUUCUCUUAAAGUUCCUGACCUCAUUCUUCCUGAUCGAGUUUUUCCCAGGCAGAAGAGCGUUCAGAAUAUUCCAAAGCUUGAUUUUGAAGGCUUGAGCACAUUAAAGAAUGAAGCAAUCAUGAAAUUCAUUGACUCUGUUUCAAGAACUGGAUGCUUUGAGGUUUUCAAUCAUGGCGUUCCCUUGGACUUGAUCAAAUCAGCUUUGGAUGCUGGGAAUGGGGUUUUUGGGAUUUCGCCUGAGAAGAAGAAGAUUAUGACAACAUCGACGGAAAAGCCAUAUGGGUUCGAAGAUUUCCAUGGAGAAGAAGAACAGGAAAAGGAUAUUAAUGAAGAGUUUAUUUGGUGCAAAGAUGAAACCUUGAAGAAUGAAAUGGAGAAGAUCUUGCCACUCGCAUAUUCAAACUUCAGUGAAAAGAUGGAAAAGCUGGUCUCAAUGAUGGAGAGCAUGGCAGAGAAGAUUCUGCAAUUGCUAGAGCAGAAUACUUAUUCAUCUGUGACAAGUAAUUGGGAAGAGGUGAAGAAAGAGGAUCAUCAUCAUCAAGAAUUCAGUUCAAUCUGUUGUCUCCAAAAGCAUAAUAAUUGGCAGGUUAUGAUGAAUGGAGAUCAAUCAGAGAGUUCUUUAAGGUAUGAUGUGAUUAGGAUGCUGGUUAGAGGAGCAGAAUUCCCUCAUGCAUUAUGUGUUCAUGUCUUCAACGGAGCUCAAGAAUUCCAUGUCUACUCCAAGAAAGGAUGGGUUUCUUUCCAUCCGGAUCAGGAUUCAUUAAUCAUCACCAUUGGUGAUCACCUCAAGGUAAAAAAGAAUUUCUAUCAACUCCAAAUUCUAAUUAACAAAUAUUUGUAGAAAGAAUAACGACAUAAAUAUAUCUUUUUGAACUUUGGUCAGGAAUGGGGUAGGGGACAGAUCAAGCAUGUAAUAGGAAGGCCAAUCUUCAAAGGUGGUGAUGAUCGUGACCAGCAGCAACAUAUUUCAAUGGCCUUCCUCUACUCUCCUUCAUUCAUCACCAAUUCUGACAAAGCUAAGAAGAAAAAGCAGCAUACCAUUUCAAUUGGUCAGCAAAUUGUAUUUGUAAUUUUAUUCACACUCUUGUAUCAAAUGAUCAGUUACAUUUGCAACAUUUUGAGAGGCUAAUGGCGAGGAUUCCAUCAUGAAACUCUAUGUUAGGCUUCCUUUUUUCUUUUUUUUUUUUCCCGGUUCUAUUUUUUCCCCUCAUUUUCUUCGUCUUGUUCACCACUUAUCAACACCUCGGAAGUUUUUCUAAGGUCAUUUUUUUUUGUCUAAAUGAAAUAGUUGGUCGACCAACAAUUCAAGACGACGAUAACAUAAUUUUCG